AAACCCGGACGUGUUCCCGUUCAAAAAACAGAAUUCGAUAAUCGGCGAUAAGUCCGGUCACUUUUGUAAAAUUUUUCUAAGGAAGUGGUUCCUUUUGCUUGGGUCUCUUUGGUCAAAAAAAAAAAAAGGAAAAAAAAGUCGGCGACCUCCACUGUUGGAACCCUAUUUUCCCAUUUUCUCUUUGAUUCAUCACAAAUUUUCUUUUAGUUUUCCUUCAUUUUAAUCAUUAUCGGAGAACCCGUAAGAUUGUAAACUGAAUAUGGAUUUGGUGGCUAGUUGCAAGGAUAAAUUGGCAUACUUCCGAAUAAAAGAACUCAAGGAUGUUCUCACUCAAUUGGGUCUUUCAAAGCAGGGGAAGAAGCAGGACCUUGUUGAGAGGAUAUUAGGAGCUCUUUCUGAUGAACAAGUUACGAAGAUGUGGGCAAAAAGGACUCCUGUGGGGAAGGAAGAUGUAGCAAAACUUGUUGAUGAUAUAUACAGGAAGAUGAAGGUUUCUGGUGCUACGGAAUUGGCAUCAAAGGGACAGGGUGUGUCAGACAGUAAUAAUGUUAAAAUUAAAGGAGAAGUAGACGAUCCCUUUCAACCAGAUGUGAAAGUUCGUUGUCCUUGUGGAAACUCAUUGGAGACUGACUACAUUAUCAUGUGUGAGGAUCCAAGAUGCCAAGUAUGGCAACACUUUGGUUGUGUUAUAAUUCCAGAGAAGCCUAUGGAGGGAAACCCGGCAGUUCCUGAUUUCUUUUAUUGUGAGCUUUGUCGACUGAAGCGAGCUGAUCCUUUUUGUCUUACUAUUGCAAACCCUUUAUAUCCAGUGAAGUUGGCGAUUGCAAAUAUCCCUACUGAUGGUACAAAUCCAAUGCAAAGCGUGGAGAAAACGUUCCAAAUCACCAGAGCAGACAAGGAGUUGUUGUCCAAACAAGAGUAUGAUGUCCAGGCAUGGUGCAUGCUUCUGAAUGACAAAGUUCCAUUCAGGAUGCAGUGGCCUCAAUAUGCAGAUUUACAGGUCAAUGGUGUUCCUGUUCGUGCUAUUAAUAGACCUGGCUCUCAAUUGCUCGGGGCUAACGGUCGUGAUGAUGGUCCUAUUAUAUCUCCAUUUAUUAAAGAUGGAAUUAAUAAGAUAACUUUGACUGGAUGCGAUGCUCGCGUGUUCUGUUUUGGAGUUAGAAUAGUUAAACGACGAACUGUUCAACAGAUACUCAACACGAUUCCUAAGGAGAAUGAAGGUGAACGUUUGGAAGAUGCUCUUUGUCGCGUUCGUCGUUGUGUUGGUGGUGGAACUGCAACUGACAAUGGUGAUAGUGACAGUGACCUAGAAGUUGUUGCAGAUUUUUUUGGAGUCAACCUACGCUGCCCUAUGAGCGGCUCAAGAAUGAAGGUCGCUGGAAGGUUUAAGCCUUGCGUUCACAUGGGUUGUUUCGAUCUUGAAGUUUUUGUGGAGCUUAACCAACGCUCUAGGAAGUGGCAGUGCCCAAUUUGCUUGAAGAACUACUCACUGGAACACAUUAUAAUUGAUCCUUAUUUUAAUCGCAUCACAUCCAAGAUGAGCAAUUGUGGCGAAGACAUUACUGAGAUUGAGGUCAAGCCUGAUGGUUCUUGGCGUGCAAAGGCUAAAAGUGAAAAUGAACGCAGAGAGCUUGGUGAUCUUGCACUAUGGCACUCUCCUGACAGUACCCUAUGUGAAUCAGGCAGUGUGGAGGAUAAGCCAACAGCUGAAAUUUCGAAGCAGAUCAAACUUGAAGGUACUUCUGAAGGACAGACAGGUUUGAAACUCGGAAUAAAGAAGAAUCAAAAUGGGUACUGGCAGUUUAGCAAGCCUGAAGACUUGAACAACUCUUCUGCUAGUAGAUUACAAGACAGGCUACGUCAUGAGCAAAAAUUUUUACCAAUGAGCAGCAGCGCUACCGGAAGUGGUAAGGAUGGUGAAGAUGCCAGCGUAAAUCAGGAUGCUGGUGGAACUUAUGACUUUACAAGCAACGGGAUUGAACUUGAUUCUGUGCCUCUGAACGUAGAUUCAGCAUAUGAAUUUACUGACCAAAACCAAUCUGCAACAGCAGGAAAUGCAGAAGUUAUUGUUCUUAGUGAUUCAGAUGAAGAGAAUGAAAUAUUGAUAUCUCCUCCAACUGUGUAUAAGGAUAAUCACAACCAAAAUGAUGGUGGGGGACUUGGUUUUCCGGUUGCACCUCCUGGAAUUUCUCAUCCAUAUUCAGAAGAACCACCUCUUGGGCCUGCUGCUAAUUUGGGUCUUUUUACUCCCAAUGAUGAAUUCGACAUGCCUCUGUGGUCAUUACCUUCGGGAUCUCAAGAUGGUUCUGGGUUUCAACUAUUUAAUACAGAUCCGGAUGUUGCAGAUACCUUAGUUGAUCUGCAGCGAAGUUCUCUCAAUUGCCCUUCGACAAUUAAUGGUUAUCCAUUGGCUCCUGAGACAACAAUGGGAUCUACAACUCUAGUCCCUACUUGUUCCAUUGGUCAGGUUGAUACAAAUCUAAAUGACAGCUUGGUUGACACUACCCUCUUUGGUGGAGAGGAUCCCUCACUUCAGAUAUUUCUUCCAACGCAUCCUUCAGGUGCAUCAGCAGAGUCUGGUUUCAGAGAUGAAGCUGACGUAUCGAACGGCAUCCGUACCGAUGAUUGGAUCUCACUUAGUCUUGGAGGUGGUGCAAGUGUCGGCCAUGGGGACUCGACAACUGUGAAUGGAUUGAAUUCAAGGCAACCAAUACCUUCCAAAGAGCGUGCUAUGGACACUGCUUCUCUGUUGCUUGGUAUGAAUGAGAGUAGAAAUGGGAAGUCAAGUAGGCAAAGAACAGAGAGCCCUUUCUCAUUUCCUCGGCAAAAACGGUCAGUUCGACCAAGAUUAUAUCUCUCUAUUGACUCAGACACCGAGUAAUUGUGUUCGCAUAAAUUUAACGGCAACUUGUGGAUAAAUUUGGUGAUCACUCAUGAAGAACUGGGCUUGCAUUUCAGUUAAAACACGAAAUUAAAAUUUUCAGAAUGAAAGUGCUGCCAAAUUAAAAAGAAGGGGGCAGCUUCAACGUUGCUGUGUUGAUGACUUUUCCGAGGUGAGGUCGGAACAGGAGGCCUUCAAUUCCUGUAAGUGUUGAAACCUCAGAUUCUAAUACUAGUUUAUUCUAGGCGUGGUAGCAUAAAACAAGCAGUUUUUACCUAGAGUUAAAAAGCACUGAGGGAGGUCGUUUUUGAGUAAAAAUGUACAGUUAAAAUGGAAUUUUGGGUAAAUGGAUAUGCAUGCAGUUGUGGGGGGUGAAGUGAGCACAAAAAGAUUCCACCUAUUUUGCCUAUUUUUUGGUCUAAAAGACAGUUGGGAUCAAAUAGAUUUGUAAAUUCACUUAAAUUCAUAUAGAAACCCCCUUUUUUUAUUUUAAUUGUAUUCCUUUUGGCUGAAAAUUUUCCUUUGGCAUUGCUGCUAUAUUUUUAAUAGAUGCAUGCGUAGCUUUGUUAUGGUGCA